GCUCUUCGUUUCAGAAUUGAAUUAACAAGCAAACAAUAAACAACUCGCAAAGAGAUUGUAGCAAACAAACAAACAAACAAACAAACGUGAAAGUGUUUUAACACAAACUGAUAUUUGAAUUCGUGAAAAGUAUAACAACAACAAGUAUUAGUAAAAAGUAUAACAACAACAAGUAUUAGUAAAAAGUAUCUAUUAAAGUAUUGAAGUACAAGAAGAAUAAGCAAAACAACAACACAAGUCAGAAUGGUAGCAAUCGGUAUUGAUUUGGGAACAACAUACUCCUGUGUUGGUGUCUUCCAACAUGGCAAAGUGGAGAUUAUCGCCAACGACCAAGGCAACCGCACAACACCCAGCUAUGUUGCCUUCACAGAGUCCGAGCGUCUCAUUGGCGACGCAGCCAAGAACCAGGUGGCGAUGAAUCCAAAGAACACAGUAUUCGAUGCCAAGCGAUUGAUUGGGCGCAAGUAUGAUGACCCGAAGAUCAUGGAGGACGUCAAGCACUGGCCAUUCAAAGUGGUGAGCGAUGGUGGCAAACCGAAAAUCAGCGUGGAGUACAAAGGAGAAAACAAACGAUUCGCACCAGAAGAAAUCAGUUCCAUGGUGUUGACCAAGAUGAAGGAGACCGCAGAGGCUUAUCUGGGCACAACAGUAACAGACGCGGUCAUCACAGUGCCUGCAUAUUUCAAUGACUCACAGCGACAGGCGACAAAGGAUGCUGGUCGAAUUGCUGGUUUGAAUGUGUUACGAAUCAUCAACGAACCCACUGCCGCCGCUUUAGCUUACGGUUUGGACAAGAAUCUCAAAGGUGAAAGGAAUGUGUUGAUCUUCGACUUGGGCGGUGGUACCUUCGAUGUUUCCAUCUUAACCAUUGAUGAAGGUUCGCUGUUCGAAGUACGUGCCACCGCAGGCGAUACACAUCUUGGUGGUGAAGACUUCGACAACCGGCUGGUGAGCCACUUGGCAGAAGAGUUCAAGCGCAAAUAUAAGAAAGAUCUGCGUUCGAAUCCAAGAGCACUGCGUCGUCUACGUACAGCCGCUGAACGUGCCAAACGUACUCUCUCAUCCAGCACAGAGGCCACAAUUGAAAUUGAUGCGCUGUUCGAGGGAAUUGACUUCUACACAAAAGUAUCGCGAGCACGCUUCGAGGAACUGUGUGCUGAUUUGUUCCGUCAAACCUUGGAACCAGUCGAGAAGGCUCUGAAUGAUGCGAAGAUGGACAAGAACCAGAUACAUGAUAUCGUCUUGGUUGGUGGUUCCACACGUAUACCAAAGGUGCAAAGUCUACUGCAGUCGUUCUUCUGUGGCAAGAGCUUGAACCUCUCUAUCAACCCCGACGAGGCGGUGGCAUAUGGUGCAGCAGUUCAAGCAGCUAUUCUGAGUGGCGACAAGAGCACUGAAAUUCAGGACGUGCUAUUGGUCGAUGUAGCGCCACUGUCCCUGGGUAUCGAGACGGCUGGUGGUGUAAUGGCGAAGAUCAUUGAAAGAAAUUGUCGCAUUCCAUGCAAACAAACUCAAACAUUCUCAACAUACUCGGACAACCAACCAGGUGUUACCAUUCAGGUGUACGAAGGUGAACGUGUGAUGACCAAUAACAACAACCGUUUGGGCACCUUCGACUUAUCAGGGAUACCACCAGCACCACGUGGAGUACCACAGAUUGAGGUAACCUUUGAUCUGGAUGCCAACGGUAUACUGAAUGUGUCGGCGAAGGAAAUGAGUUCGGGCAAUGCCAAAAACAUAACCAUCAAGAAUGACAAAGGACGUCUAUCACAAGCCGAAAUUGAUCGUAUGGUGAACGAAGCGGAGCGCUAUGCUGAAGAAGAUGAGCGUCAACGCAAUAAGAUCGCAGCCAGAAAUAGUUUGGAAAGUUAUGUGUUUGGCGUGAAGCAGGCGCUGGACAACGCUGGUGACAAACUGAGUGAGCGGGAGAAGAGCGAAGCACUGAAGGCUUGUGAUGACACAAUCAAAUGGCUCGAUGCUAACACGUUGGCCGACAAAGAAGAGUACGAAGACAAGAUGAACUCACUGACCAAACUGUGCUCGCCCAUCAUGACGAAAUUGCACAGUGGUGGUGGCGCGGGUCAGGGAGCGUCCUGCGGUCAACAGGCUGGCGGCUUCAAUGGUGGUCACACUGGACCUACCGUGGAGGAAGUAGAUUAAACACAAAUGUAAUUUAGGAAUAGAUCUCUCUAGAUUAAAAUGUAGUUUUGUAAGAACUUAGACUUAAAAUGUUAAUUAGUUCGUAGAAAGAAUGAAUCCUAUGUACAUAAAAGAAAGACUGAAAAUAUAGAACAUGAACAAAUUCUUUAUUUAAAACGAAAA